AUGCAGGUGGUGAUGAAGAAAGUUACCAGACUUUGUUCGAGUAAGCCUAUAGUUACCGUUAACAACAAUUUCCCAGGCCCCACCAUUUAUGCUCGAGAAGACGACACCGUUUUGAUCAAAGUCGUCAACCAUGUCCCAUAUAACGUCAGCAUCCAUUGGCACGGCAUUAGACAGCUGAGGACAGGAUGGGCGGAUGGGCCGGCCUAUAUAACACAGUGCCCGAUCCAACCAGGACAGAGCUACGUCUACAACUUCACCAUCACCGGUCAGCGAGGCACCCUUUUCUGGCACGCCCAUAUUCUCUGGCUCAGAGCUACUCUCUAUGGCGCAGUCGUUAUUUUGCCCAAGCUUGGAGUCCCUUAUCCAUUUCCCACGCCCCAUAAGGAGAUGGUUCUUAUAUUGGGUGAGUGGUGGAAGUCUGAUGUUGAAGCUGUUAUUAAUGAGGCUACUAAGUCUGGUUUGGCUCCUAAUGUCUCUGAUGCUCAUACCAUCAAUGGCCAUCCUGGGCCUGUCCAAGGUUGUCUCACUCGAGGAUUCAGUAUGCCAGUGCAGCAUGGUAAGACAUAUUUGCUGCGAAUCAUCAACGCUGCACUGAAUGAAGAACUGUUCUUUAAGGUUGCUGGCCACAAACUCACUGUCGUCGAAGUUGAUGCCGCGUACACGAAACCUUUCAACACCGACACCAUUGUCAUAGCCCCCGGCCAGACCACAAAUGCCCUUUUGACCGCCGACCACGGAAGUGGCAAGUAUGCAAUUUCAGCAUCAACUUUUAUGGAUACCCCCAUUGUUGCUGUUGAUAAUGUGACAGCCAUUGCCACUUUACAUUACACAGGCACACCUUCUACUACCCCUACCAGCUUCACUGGCCUGCCUCCCCAAAAUGCCACCCCAGUUGCAACAAAGUUCACAAACUCCCUUAGGAGCUUGAACUCAAAACAAUACCCUGCAAAAGUUCCAUUAGAAGUUGAUCAUUCCUUGCUUUUCACCAUUGGCCUUGGCAUUAACCCUUGCAAAACUUGCUCGAGUGGCAACCAAGUGGUGGCUGAUAUAAACAAUGUUACAUUUGUUAUGCCAACCAUUUCACUCCUUCAAUCUCAUUACUUCAAUAUCAAUGGUGUUUUUACUGAUGAUUUUCCUGCAAAUCCUCCAAUAAGAUACAACUAUACAGGGAAUCAGCCAAGCAACUUGCAGACAAUGAGUGGAACUAGGCUUUAUAGACUGGCCUACAACUCUACGGUCCAAUUAGUCUUACAAGACACUGCAAUGAUAGCUCCAGAGAACCAUCCAAUUCAUCUUCAUGGAUUCAACUUCUUUGUUGUUGGAAGUGGCUUGGGAAACUUCAAUCACAAGAAAGAUCCUAAGAAAUUCAAUCUUGUUGACCCUGUGGAGAGGAAUACAAUUGCUGUUCCUUCUGGUGGAUGGGUUGCUUUAAGAUUCAGGGCUGAUAAUCCAGGGGUUUGGUUUAUGCAUUGCCAUUUAGAAGUGCACACAACAUGGGGACUUAAGAUGGCAUUUCUAGUGGACAAUGGGGAAGGGCCAGAAGAGUCUCUUCUUCCUCCUCCAAAUGACCUUCCCAAAUGUUAGGUAAGCCCCCAUUGAAUUCAUAAAAUUUAAGGGCAAAAAAAGUAUGGAAAAGGAACUGAAGUUCUAUCAGAACUGCCCUAAAAAAGGCAAGAGUUCUUGAGCAAAAAGAAAGCAGCUGCUUAUUCCUGUAUAGAACAGCAUGGAGAUUCUUUCAAAUCUUGUUGGUUGGGCUGUCAUUUGUUUAUAUUGCCUUGCGGGUUAUUAUGUAAUUUUGUGAAUGUUUUCUUGUUUUCUUUUCUGGGGUGGUUUAAAAUGUAUAAACUGCAUUGAUUGUUGUAUAAAAUCCAAUAACAAUUAACUUUUUCAGAGAUUACUUUGUA